AACUUCCUGUUUUUCACUGGCCGUCGCUUACGAAAACAAAGUAAGUUAAGUAUUAGUCGUGAAUAUGAAUUUAGAACCUUAUGAAGAUAUAGGCGGACAAAGUAAGCCAAUAAGUUCCACCUCAGAAGAUAGUGAGCCAAAAAGAGGAGCACUUAAAAGAACUCCGUUGUCAAAGCUGAAGACAGUGAACUGUAACUUCAAAUCACCGGGGCAGCUCACCAAGACGACCAAAGUGAGUGCGGAAGAAGAAGUGGAGGAGCUGGAAAGGAGCAGAAAGCAGCUGGAUGCCGAAAUAACACAGCUGGAGUCCGAGGGAUACAAAGUGGAGGAGCUGGACGAUCACAUCGACAUGCUGCAUGAGUACAAUGACAUCAAGGACAUGGGGCAGUCGCUGCUGGGCAAAAUGGCUGCUCUACGCAGGACCACCACGCGAGAUCUCUACAGCCACUUUGGCCUGGAACUGGAUGACUGAGGAAAAUAGCCUUUUUGAAGUGCAAGUUCAAGAGUGUUCUAAGGUUGACUAGUUGGGCUUGUGUUGAGAAGGGGUGUGUCCUUAUCUGUCUUGACACACACUUUAGUGUACUAUGCUCUCUGGCUCGGAGUGUACAGCUUCAACAAUAAAUGGAUGAACUUUGGCCUGGUUGUGGAGGAUAAAGAUGAUCUUUGCUUAUUAUCUUGUCUCAACUGUGGCUUGGAACAUUCCAUGUUUUGUGCUGUUCAGUCUUUAGACUUUGCUGUUGCUGAAGACUCCUCCAACUAUUGAUUAGGAGCUUUUGUUUCAUUCAUGGGAGCUUAACGCUUCACAUGAGGAUUGUUUGCCUUUCUGCUAGAAAUUAAAUGAUUGAUCAGCCUUA